AUGGCUGGCACACCAGACUCGCUCAGACCACCACUCACGAUGCACGACUCGUCCACCGCACCGACGCCCAGCGGCAGCAACCCCUCGUCCGCACCUGGCUCGCCCAAACACCCGUUCUUCGACUACCGCGACGAGCGAUCACACCUAACCGACGCAGGAGCCUUCCGCGCCGAGUUGCCCACCGCCAUCCCUCCCCCCGUCGCAUCCACCUCGGUCCCCUCCUCACACACCCUCACCGGCCAACCCUCGCUCGAACACCUCUCUCACACGAACCUCUCCCUCUCCCCCGCCCCGUCCUCGCCAAGCGGCUCCGUCGCCUCGGCCUCGCACACCCGCACUCGCUCGAGGUCGGAUUCGCUUGCGAGUGCGGCGAGGGUGAAGGGGGAUCUGACCUCUCCUCGAAUUGCGAAUUUGGGGCUGUCGCCUAUCCCUGGUACGCCGGGUGGAUUGGGAUCGGUUGCGGUUGAGGACCGGGAGCAGAAGGACGGUCAGGCGAAUGGGCUGGGACUGCUUGAGGAGGCGUGGGAUGGCGCCAAGGUGGAUCACGGAGCGCCGGUGUUAAAUGCUGAGCGGGAAGAGGCGGACGAGAUCGACGAAGGUUUCACCGCGCACAACCCGCACGAAGCUCUCACAGCCGAACUUCGCGCGCUCUACGAAUCCUUCCAACGCUGCCUCGACCUCCGGGACAAAUACAUGUCGCUCUCACGCCAACGACUCGAAGACAACCCGGCCAACUACGACGGGCACUUCUCGCCCUCCUCGUCCCCCUCUUACGCAGCGACUUCCUACAUCCGCCCGGUCAAGUUGCCAGAGGGAUUCGAGAGGUGGAGGAUUUACCCGCCCCCGCCUGAACCGCACUGGAAGGAACGCGAUCCGGAGGCGACCGAGCCGCCUGUUGUUGAAGGCGCGGACGAGGGGCGGAGCGAGGAAGAGAGGGUCAGGUUCGAGUUUGCGAAGUGCGAGGUACCCGCGCGAGAGGAGGGGAGGAAGAGGACGUUUAGGCUGGACGAGGGAGGGGUGUAUCAAGUCUACGACGAGGACUCCCCCACCACCCCGCUCUACACCGUCCCCACGAUCAAAGAAUACUUCCAAGACCUCGACGUCGUGCUCAACGUCAUUUCCGACGGGCCGACCAAGAGUUUCGCAUUCAGGAGGCUCAGGUAUCUCGAGAGCAAGUGGAACCUGUAUGUGCUGCUGAAUGAGUAUAGGGAGUUGGCCGAGAUGAAGCGCGUCUCGCACCGCGACUUUUACAACGUCCGAAAAGUCGAUACGCACGUGCACCACUCUGCCUCGAUGAACCAGAAGCACCUCUUGCGGUUCAUCAAGUUCAAGAUCCGGCGCAGUCCGAACGAAGUCGUGAUUUACCGCGAUGGGAAACACUUGACGUUGAGACAGGUGUUUGAGAGUCUCAACUUGACGGCUUACGACCUCUCGAUCGACACGCUCGACAUGCAUGCGCACCAAGACUCGUUCCAUCGGUUCGACAAGUUCAACUUGAAGUACAACCCGCUCGGCGAGUCGCGCCUGAGGGAGAUCUUCCUCAAAACCGACAACUACAUCGAAGGCCGCUACCUCGCCGAGAUCACGAAGGAGAUCUUUAGCGACUUGCAGCAGAGCAAGUACCAGAUGGCCGAGUAUCGGAUCAGCAUCUACGGGCGGAGCACCGCCGAGUGGGACAAGCUCGCGAAAUGGGUUAUCGAGAACGAGCUGUUCAGCGACAACGUUCGGUGGCUCAUCCAGAUCCCCCGCUUGUACGACGUGUUCAAAAAGUCGGGCGGCGUCAAUGACUUCCAGGAGGUCGUCCGAAACAUCUUCGAGCCGCUGUACGAAGUCACGGCCGACCCCUCGUCCCACCCCGAACUCCACGUCUUCCUCCAACGCGUCGUAGGCUUCGACUCGGUCGACGACGAGUCCAAAGCCGAGCGCAGGCUGUACCGCAAGUUCCCCGUCCCGAAGGACUGGAACACGACCCAGAACCCCCCAUAUGCGUACUGGCUGUACUUCUUGUACGCGAACAUCACCUCGCUCAACAACUGGCGGCACGAGCGCGGCUUCAGCACCUUCUGGCUCCGCCCUCACGCCGGAGAAGCAGGCGACACCGACCACCUCACCUCUGCGUUCCUCACCUCGCACUCGAUCUCGCACGGCAUCCUGCUGCGCAAAGUCCCGGCGCUCCAGUACCUCUUCUACCUCAAGCAGAUUGGCAUCGCCAUGUCGCCUCUCUCGAACAACGCCCUCUUCCUCACCUACGAGCGCAACCCCUUCCCCAACUUCUUCCGCACCGGCCUCAACGUCAGUCUCAGUACAGACGACCCGCUGCAGUUUCACUUUACCAAGGAACCGCUCCUCGAGGAGUACAGCGUCGCCGCGCAGAUCUACAAGCUGUCCCCGGCCGACAUGUGCGAGCUCGCGCGCAACUCAUGCGCCCAGUCCGGCUUCGAGAUGGAAGUCAAGCGUCACUGGCUCGGUCAGGACUGGUACCUGCCCGGCAAGGACGGCAACUGGAUUCACAAGACCAAUGUGCCAAACUUGCGAGCGGAGUAUCGCCGGGCGACGCUGCAGGAGGAGAUGAACAUGAUCGCGAUGGUCAAGGAGAACCCGUCCGCACUCGACACCUCGGCCGUCGAGCAGGCGACAUCCUCCGACGCCGCCGCCUCCAGCCACGCUCCUGCGCUCUCUCAGCGCGCUCAGGAGCCGCUGAUGACCUCGGACAAUGUCGGCGCGGCUGCGAUGGGGGCAUCAGGGACGAACUUGCACAAGCCCGGUCUCAAUGCGAGCGGGAGUGCAAGUGUAAAUGGGAGGUAG